AUGCUGAUCCGGAACCGCGUUGGCAGCAAUGCGCAAAACAUCACCUCGCCAAGCUACAUUAGCAAUGGCUACCACCGAACUGGUACUGCGAACCCUGUACGCCAGCAAGGCCGUAUCACAGCGGGCAAGCGAUCACGCCGUGGAGGUGAAGGCCAAGGUGCGCCGGGAGCUCCGGUCUCUGCUGGAGGCAGCGCGCUCCUGUCUGUGCCGACUCCCAUUCGGAGUACCAGUGCUCCCAGCCUUCCAGGCGAAGCGCUCGUCUUUGAGGUGACGACCAAAUCACCCGAAGCAAGGAAGGGAGCCGUGAGUCCACAGCCUGUGGUGGCUACGGCUGCACCUGUGGCCCAGCCGGCGCAGCCUCAGCCAACAGCUCCAGUUCAGGCACCACAGCAGCAGCCGCCACCACAGCUCAAGCCGCAGCCGACUCUGCCACAGACCACCGAGGUUCCUACCGAGCAGGGCAUCAUGAACCACCUUCCGUGGCUGUCGGAGAAGCGCACGUCGCUUCUUCAACUCUUGGCCGAGUGGUCGCAGAGCCACCGUGUCCUAGAUGAUCUCACGGACCGACUCCGACGCCUGGGCAGAGACCGCCCGGCCGAUCAGGGCCCCUGCGAGUUGGAGACAGGCCUCAGGCAAGUGAUCGCCAUGGUAAGCAUAAUCAACGCAGCAAUGUGGCGCAGCUGUGCUGGCAUAUGGUGUCGACGAGCACAGCCCCAUUCGAGGCGUCUGCUCUGUUUGCAGAAGCCAUUUGAAGCCUCGAAGCGCCUUCUCGAUGACUAUGGCUGGUCUAGAAGGUUUGCGACUUCCACAGACAGCGCUUGUUUUCUGCACAAGCGCCCAGUGCGGUCUGUGAACUUCAGCUCUGGUGGACAACUGCUGUGCACGUCCUCAGAGGAUGGGACAGCACGGGUCUACGAGCUGGAGACGGGUCGCAUGGUCAAGGAGGUCGACCACGGGACCACGAUCUGGUGGUCCGAUUUUAGUUGUGAUGAUUCGAUGCUGUGCACAGCUUCGGACGAUCGAUCCGUUAGAGUCUACGACUGCAAGACUUGGAAGCUGUUGGAGAUGUUUGGCCAUGGGCUGCCUGCGAAAUGCGCGAGCUUCAGCCCGGAUGGACAGUCCGUUGCAACAGCCUCCGGCGACGCUUUCGUGAGGAUCUUUGAUUUAAACGAAGGAGACGAGGUGGCCAAGCUGAAGCAUGACAGCUGGGUCAUUUCUGUCCGCUACAGCCCUGAUGGCACACUGCUUGCCACAGGUUCGGCAGACAAGUGCAUCCGCAUCUUUGACGUCACGUCCCCCGAAGCCAAGCUGGUGUCAAAGAAGAAGUUCAGUGGCCUUGUGACUUCCGUGGACUUCAGCCCGGACUCCAGGCUAAUCUGUGCGAGCACGACUCGCAAAGAAGACCAGACCCAGAUCAUCGAGGCGGUGACGGGGCGCUGUGAGAUGGCCAUUGAGCAAGAUGCUCUGACCGUCUCCACCAGGUUCUCUCCUGCUGGUGACAGAGUUUGCGCAGUGUCCGGUGAUCACGCCCUCGUCUACGAUGUUGAGUCCGGCGAGAUGAUUCGCUGCUUCGAGCAUGGGGUCCACGUGAAUUAUGCCGCAAUGCGUGCUGACGGCCUGCUUUGCACGGCUGCGAUGGAUGGUGCUGUGCGCUUCUUCACCCUUGGGGACGGCCGUACAGGCCGGGACCUACUGCAGCAGUUCGAGUUCUUGGAGCUGAAGACAAGCACCUACGAAAAUCUGCGCGUGGCCUUUCACGGUGCUGGAGAGCCAGCACCCGUGUUGCCAACUCCUCCUUCGCGGCUGCCGGAGAUGUUUCCACCCUCGCCAGAGAAGAUGGUCAUGCUCAAAGACCUGGAGGUUGGGUUAAGCGCCAUGCCAGUCGGGCGUCCUGCUGCCCCACCAGUGGUUCCCAGGUUGCAUUUGGGUGCUGCCAAGAACGGUGUUGACAUCGACUCCGCGGCCACCAACCUCAGUGGCACGCCUUCGAUGCAUUCCUCUGACGAGUCGCUCUGCUCCCCAACUGCGGGCCCUUCCCCGCCUUUGCCAAAGGACAUUGCACACGUGGCCGGCUUGUUAGCCAGAAGCCAGUCCUGCGUGACCCUUCACGAGCGCAAGGCCUGUGUGGAAGCGUCGCCGCUUACGAAACAGAGGAUCCUUCACCAAGCGGUGGUGGCCGAGGAAGAGGAGGCCACAGCUUCUGAGAACUCUCUCGAACUGCUGGUUGGGGUCUUGCCAGGUUGCGGACCUGCCGAUGACUCGCUGGGCAUCGAGGCCACGAACUAUCUAAGCCACUUCGGUCGGAAUUCGCCAAGUGACAAGUGCCGUGAGGCCGGCCCCCAAUUCUUCCAGUCCCGGAGUGGACCCACGGAGCGUCCAAGCCGUGCAGAGCAUGCCCGUGGGUGCUUCUUCGCCGAAUCCGGCCUCUCCUUCCAAGCAAGACGUUGUGCGAUCGCCACAGGCGAACGAAAUCAUGCCAUUCUCAUGGCUUUCCUGAAAGCUGUCCUUGGCCUCUUGGGACUGUUUGGCAUCUUCGGGCUUCUGGGCUGCGUCACGGAGACCCGGGAUGCACGCAUCGACGAGCGCCAUGCUGUCCACAAGUGGAUGCAAAAUGCGAGCUUCUCCAGCUUUGUGGUUGUGCAGAGCGAAACUGCCACGUUGCAUCCCAGUUUCUGGGCACGUGAGACAUGGCUUGGAACUGUGGUGAGUGGUUCGGUGAAGUGGCCUGUCUCAACCUGGAGAGCCAACUUCCACUUGCUCCCAUCCUUAGUCACGGGUGAUGAAGCCGUUGCCAUGAAGCAGCUGCUGGUUGAUGCCCCGAACGAUUUUGAUGAGGAUAUCGAUGGGGUCGACAAGAUGGUGACCUACGAGUUCAUCAUUUCCAGCGCUGGUGCACGCAAGGCUCAUGAUCCUGUGAGGGAGUCCUUGCGUCAGCGCCUUCGAGCUAUUACCGAGCCAAUUAUCCGAGACCGCAUCCAGCCCUUCGUUUGGAAGCGCUAUCCGAAUGCAGGGGCUGUGUGCCAUUCGAUGAUCCGCCGCUACUUGCUGCACGAGCGUCGUACCCACGACACACACUGGGAUAUUCCCUCGUAUGUCUCUGUGGUCGUCAGCCUGGAUUCGUCGGGCCGCGACUUUGACGGAGGUUUUUUUGUCACCACCGGCAACGGUGAGAAGUCUUUCAUUCCUUUGCAGCAAGGCGACACCGUCGUACAUCAGUCUGAUCUUCUUCACGGAGUGCAUGUCAAGGCAGGAGAGCGAUGGAGUUGGGCCAUGUGGUUCCAGGACUCGAGCGACUGCAGCUCACAGUCGGCCGACUGGUGGAAAAAAGAGGCAGAGGGAGGCGAUCCCGUCGCCCAAACGCUUCGCGCAAUGCGCGCGGCCACACCCGAAGAAUCCUGGACCUGGCUAGAGACAGCGGCCAAUAGCGGCUUCCCUCGUGCCCAGCUUUACUUCGGGAAGGCAAUCGAGGAUGGUCUCCGAGGCAAGCCAAACUCCGAUCAGGCCUCCUACUGGUACGAGCAGUCCCGCCAAGGUGGUGAGAUUGACUCCUGCUAUUAUCUGGGGCUGGUAGAGAGGCGUCGAGGCAAUAUGAGUGGGGCCGUGCAGCUAUUCCGACAGGGUGCCAUAUCUGGCGAGCCCAAUGCAAUGGGACAGCUGGCAACCGGAUAUCAAAACGGAACCGGCGGUCUUCCCGUGGACCUAGAUCUUGCUACGGAAUGGUUCGAACGGGCUGCUGACUUCACCGUCGAGGCCAUGUACCAGAGUUAUGUGCUCUAUUCCGAGGCCACUCCGAAGCGCGGGAAAAAUCGAGGGAAGGCCCUGUUGCACUUGGAACGCGCCGCACGGAUGGGCCACGAGAUGGCAAUGAAGAAGUUUAUUGAGCCACUGGCCCGGGAAGGCAACUGGGAGGCCGUGGCUCCGUGGCUGAUCCGCAUUGAAUCCAAAGCAGCGCUGUCACAGUUCGUGAAGUUGCACCAGCGUGGUGUUCAGAUAAAUGCCUUCACCCUGUUCCGGGCAGAACAGGUCCUGCGAGACUUGGCAGAGCAGGGCUUCGAGGAUGCACGUGAUCUUCUGAAUCAGCUGUUGAGCCCUCGUGCAGCGGCGGCGGCGGUGUCCCCAAAGAUGCAAGAACUGGAGGACCUGCUAUUUGAUGAGCUGACCACGACGGAACGAGCAGCAGCGCCAGUUAUCCUUGUCGCGAUGGUCCUGGACAUUGCUGGACGGAAGAAGCUGUGCCUGCGAGCAUGCGCGCAAAAGAGGAAUGUGGUGUCGAGCAGCAGCUGUGGUGCGCUUUUGCAAGGUGAAGCUUUCGCUUCAAGUGCUGACAAAGCGAUGCAAGAGGUCGUGUCCCCGCUCGGCCGAGCAAUGAGCACCAGUGCCCUUCAUGGACAGGAGAACAAGGCGCUUGUACUGGAGAGCCAACCAUGUCUGAAAGAUGCUGCGCAGAAGACCGUUUUCUUGACCGAUUGUAGCCGGUGUGGAGAUCAGUUACGCAUCGUGGAUGACUUGCCUCCGGAAGCGGACGUGUCGAAGUCUUUCCACAAGGGUGUGAGCGAGUCAUUCGUGGUGGUGCCACCCAGUGCUGAGGAGCCGGAGAAGCCGAGCCAAAGUUCUCAGCAGGAUGCGCCCAACCAGGCACAACCCUGGGUGGCACCUUUCGAGCAGGUGGCGCGAGUGGAGCGGAUCAUGGUCUCGCCACCCAGCUUCUGUGCGGAAAGCUGCCGAUUGCAGAUUGUUGAAUGCAGUUGGGAUCGGCCGGAAUGGUCUCUGUUUGGCACUGUGAGAACCGAUACCAGUGCGAUCACUGUGGUGUAG